ACGGCUCCACGCCUUAGCUCGCACACGUAACCACAUCGUGUGUCUUUUUCCAACGCAUGGCGAGUGCGGCAAGUUGUGUCGUGCAUUGAAUGGAACGUGCGUUGACUUUGCGAUCGACUUGUUCCCUCCACCCGAAGAAACGUUCACCGUGGGCCAACACUUCGUUUCAAAGCCAAUUAACAACUAUCAGACGUAAAUAAUGGCCGAUAGCGAUGAUAAACCAAGCGCUGAGGUCCCACCAAAGGCGCAGGCGACCGACGCGGAGGACCCGGCCGGCAGUCGAGAGGAGGCGAUAGAAACUGUCGAGUCAGAAAGCACCAAGAAAACGUCGACGAAUCCGUCGGAGUAUGACAGUGCCGACAGCUUUAGUGAUGCUGAGGGUGACAAUGGGCAACCACAGGAUCAGGAUCAUGAGUCAGCUGAAGGCAGUGAAGGUUCUGGUAGUGUGACUCUGGAGCGAGAGGAAGGUGAUGGCCAGGAGAGUGUACAAUCAAAGAAAGUUGAUGAUGAUGAAGACAAAAAGAAUCCACAGUAUAUUCCGAAACGCGGAACGUUUUAUGAACAUGACGACAGGACAGCUGAGGAUAAUGAGGAAACUGCAGAAGAUCCAGAAAAAGAUAAGGAUAAAGAGGGUAAGAAGAAAAUCUGGACGGAUAAGAAAGAAAAGUGGAGUCAUGAUAAGUUUAACGACAACGAUCAAGCACCGAAAAGUAAACAGGAACUCGUGGCUAUCUAUGGGUAUGAUAUAAGGAAUGAGGAUGGGCCUCCACGUGCCAGGAGGAGGAGGCGUUAUGGUCGUGGUCCUAAUAAAUACACUCGCAAUUGGGAGGAUGAAGACGCCUAUACUAAAGCGCCACCAUUGACGAAAAAACCAAUCGUCAAGAAGAAUCGACCCAAACACGACGAACAAGAACAAGAAGAAACUGAAACUGUAGAGUUAGAAAGGCAUAAUCGAACGAAUUCAGAGGAGGCGAACAGUAGUGGUCGACAAUCGACAGAGAAUAGCAUCGAAUCUAAAAAUGAGCAAUAUUCACAUCAAACAAAACAACCACGCGAGUUUACGCCGAGGGCGAAUCAUUCGAACACCGAACGUGAUCGGGAGCGUUCGGAUAGGUAUAAUAGUAACAAAAAUCAACGCGUUGGCACCGGCCGGAUUGUAAAACCCAAUCGGGAGAUCCGCGAUUCAGAUUAUCAAGGUUUCACUAAACCGAGACAAUUUACAAAAUCUCAUGCGCAUGCGCCACAGAAUCAGAAUGUCAACGAUGACAGUUUACAAUCCCGAAACUACACGAAUCGAAGACAUGUCGAUUUAGAAAAAGAUAUGAAUCGUAUGUCAUUGAAUGAACCAGCGCAUAAGUCAAAACAACUACCGCCGCAUGCGAAUCGUCACCAUCAAAAUCCGCAACAGCAGCAAAGACAACAACCACAGCAACAGGAACAGCAGGGACCUGUUCCACCAAGGUUGCAAACCGAACAGAAAGGUUCCUCGAAACGAUACAGUUCGAUAAGGCAACGCUCGUUGCCCGAAUCUUCGAAUUCGAAUUAUAAUCAACAAGGACAUGGGUAUUAUAAUGACUAUCAGCAGCAGUCGGGUAGUCAACCGAGUGCGCCACCACCGCAGGCUCCGCAACCAAUUAUACAACCGAUGCAGUCGCAAAUGCCGGCGAUUCCCCCGCCACCUUUGCCUACGAUUCCUGCGCAGGUGCCGGUGACUACAACGCCGUUACCGCCGCAGUUUGCGAAUCCUUUCCCGCAGCCACCGCCACCGUUUCUACAACCGGCACCGCCGCCGUUUAUUCCACAACCCAGUGGACCACCGAUGCUUAAUUAUGUGCAAGGGCAGCCGCCUUAUGCACCUCCACAGGGAGCAUUUCCAGGUUAUCAACAGCAGUUUAAUCCUGUUAGUCAACCAACUGAAAUAUUUCAACCUCCCGGUGGUAUAACGUAUUACUCUACACAAGAGCAACAAGCAGCUCAACAGCGUGCGGCGAUUAAACGUCCGAAAGCAGCUAUUCCUAUAGUCCCACCACCGCCGCAUGAACCACGCGGGCGUGGCAGGAUCAUCAAGAAAACUCACAGCAACAUGAGGCCGGCGAUGCGCAGAUAUCAGCGCAUAUCGAAAGCAACGCGGUGAUGUAUGAAGAUGUGCCGGUGCAGCCUUGAUUCUAAACACAGAAAAACAGAAAACUAUUUGGUAUGUAUCCUUCCUACAUACGUUUUUAAUUCGCUAGCAGUAAGUAACAACCCCUCUCUCACGGCAAAGUAUUCACACGAUCCGAAUCCGAAUUGUUUUAGGAACAGAGUUAUGAUUUUGAACAUUUUGAUUGGUUGAUCAACCAUUAUAUUUAUUAUUUAUUGGAUAUGCACUUUUUAUUUAUUGGUUCGGAUUUUAUUGGACGGAUAUUACAUAUGUUUAAGCUAGUGCAGAAUGAAUUUUUUUAUUAUUCGUCGUAAAUUUUAUAUAAAUUGAAUGAAUGUUUAUAUAUUAUAUAUUUAAUAUGAAAUAAUAUACUCAUUAAGUAAAACUGAUUAUUUAGCGCUGGUUUGCAUACUCACUGGAUAAUAUAAAGCAUCAACAGAUAUAUAUGAUCUUACAAGAUGGCCGACAUCAAAUGACAACUGAUUCUAAGCCAAUCAGAAGCCGUCUGCUGUCAAAUGUCAAGAUGCAUGACAACUUUUCACAUCACUACUACAAUCCAGUGAAUAUUCAAAUCAGCGUUAUUUAGACAUUUAGCAAGUGAGAUGUUGCUACGAAUCAAAAUUUAUAACGCAAAACUGAAUUAAAACGUCUUUAUUUAUUACAAUUACAAAACGCA